GUGGGCAGUUAGAUUCUGGUUCUGACAGAUCUGGUUUCCAGACUUGCGCAGAUAAUAAAAAGAAACUAAAGAUAUAAACACCUGCUCAUAUGCUAGUUCUAUCUUAACCUUCCCUCGGCGCAGUUGAACUUAAAAUGAGCAGCCGUACUUUGCCACUUCUGCUUCUGUGUAGUUUUUUGGCAUUUGCCAAACAAUCUUCGGAAAGUAUAGAAGAAAUGAUAGAAGGCGGCGUGGCAGCGGCCUCCCAGGAAUUCAAGCCGGCAGCUCGACUGGGUCAUCGCAAUUCUACUUCCAAUGAAACAAUGUGGUUCUGCGGCGGCACAAUAAUCAGUGAUCGCGUAAUUUUAACGGCUGCCCACUGCUUUUACUCAGAUGUAGGAUCCAUCAACAUUGUGCGCCUGGGCGAUCUAGUUUUCGGCAGCGACAAGGACGAUGCCCAGCCGGAGGACUUUGAAGUCCUUGAGACGAAGGCACAUCCGCAUUUUAGGUAUCCGGCUCUCUACAACGACAUUGGGUUAGUACGUUUGCGCGGAGAAAUAAGAUACAACCGAUACAAGUUGCCUGCAUGUCUGCCCUCAAGUAAUGGAGACAUAUCUGACCACUUCACGGCUAUCGGAUGGGGGCAGAGGAAGUUUUCGAAGUUUGGUCAGUCCAGGGAGCUGAGAAAGGUUGUGCUUCGAAACUAUGGCAGCUCGUGUGCCAGCACAUUCGAUGCAAACGAGGAUGUGCCGGAAGGCUAUAAGGCCGAGUCCCAGCUGUGUGUGGGAUCUCCGGACCAUAAGGGCACCUGCAAUGGUGACUCCGGAGGUCCUCUGCUGGUUCCUCAUGCCGGGCACGGGUGCCAGUAUCAAGUCAUGGGAAUCACUUCAGUGGGAGUCGCGUGUGGAACUCCGAACAUUCCCAGCUUAUAUACAAGGGUGCAUUUCUUUAAAGAUUGGAUCAAUGCAGAAAUGCUGGCCAAUGUGUGA